GUAUUCAUUGUAGGUUGACUUUUUGUAUGACGUGUAGAUUAGUCAGUGUAUUGCAAAAUGCAAACUAGAAAAAUAAAGAAACCAAUCCAAUAGGAAACAAUUUCGUGGAAUUGGAAUUCAUAACAUUAAAGAUUAAUAAGAAAUUGGCAAUUGCGUAUCUAUUUUUGUGAUAUAUACCUUGUUUGUUUCUUGUGUAAUUAAUAAAUUGUGAAAGUGGUCAAUAGUCCGGUGGAUAAGUAGGUUUCCUUAUUUUAUAGAAAAAUGUGCGGCACCGACAAAAAACUAGGUGAAAUGAGGGCUUUAAUCCUAGUUGGCGGUUACGGGACUCGUUUGAGACCUUUGACUUUAAGUAGGCCAAAGCCACUGGUCGAGUUUGCAAACAAACCAAUUCUAUUGCAUCAAAUAGAAGCUUUAGUGGAGGCUGGUGUAACACAGGUAAUUUUAGCUGUGUCAUACAGAGCAGAAGACAUGGAAAAAGAGUUAACAGAGAAAGUGGCCAAACUAGGUGUGUCCCUAACAUUUUCCCAUGAAGUGGAGCCUCUUGGCACAGCGGGGCCUUUAGCCCUGGCAAAACCCCUGUUGAGCAAAAGUUCCGAGCCUUUCUUUGUUCUAAAUUCUGACAUCAUUUGCGAUUUUCCAUUCAAAGAACUUUACAAGUUUCAUAAAUCACAUGGAAAGGAGGGAACAAUUGUAGUUACAAAGGUAGAGGAACCAUCAAAAUAUGGAGUUGUUGUAUAUAAAGAGGAUGGACAGAUUGAGAGUUUUGUGGAGAAGCCCCAGGAAUUCAUUUCCAAUAAAAUUAACGCUGGCAUGUACAUUCUAAGCCCAUCAGUCCUAAACAGAAUAGAGUUGCGCCCCAUGUCAAUAGAGAAGGAAGUGUUUCCAUUCAUGUCGAAAGAUGGGCAGCUGUUGGCUAUGGAGCUGCAAGGCUUCUGGAUGGACGUAGGGCAGCCGAAAGAUUUCCUCACUGGAAUGUGCCUUUACCUGAACAGCUUACGUCAAAAGGACUCGAACAAGUUGUACGACGGUCCCGGCGUGGUCGGCAACGUGCUGAUCGACCCGACGGCAACCAUCGGUAAGGGCUGCCGGAUCGGGCCCAACGUCACCAUCGGGCCUGGGGUCGUCAUCGAGGAUGGUGCAUGCAUAAAGCGCAGCACGGUCCUCCGCGGCGCCUGCGUGCGGCAACACGCGUGGCUCGACAGCUGCAUAAUAGGCUGGCGCUCCGUCGUCGGCCGCUGGGUCCGCAUGGAAAACUGUACCGUACUUGGCGAAGACGUCAUAGUCAAGGACGAGCUCUACGUGAACGGCGGGCAGGUUUUGCCACAUAAAAGCAUCGCGUUGUCUGUGCCUGAGCCACAGAUUAUAAUGUAA